CACCAGCAGAGCAAGUGAUUCUGAGGGAUAUCAGUAGAACCUUCACUGCUCAUGAGAAGUUCUACAAUGAGAACGAAGGUGGCCAAGAUGCCAUGUACAAGAUUAGUAAGGCUUACUCAGUGUAUGACAAUGAUGUUGGUUACACACAAGGUCUAUCCUUCCUGGCUGCUGUACUGUGGCUACAUAUGCCAGAAGAGCAAGCCUUUGCUGUGUUGGUGAAGAUCAUGUAUGAUAAAGGUUUAAGAGAUCUGUUCCUCAACAAUUUUCAAGAACUUCAUGUCAAAUUCUUCCAGCUCGAUAGACUACUGGAGGACAAUGUUCCAGACCUGUAUAGCCACUUUGUUCACAUCGGUAUUGAGACCCACAUGUUUGCAUCUCAGUGGUUCCUCACUCUCUUCACUGCCAAGUUUCCUCUCCAUACCGUGUUUCACAUCAUGGAUGUUUUCCUCUCAGAGGGAAUGAUAGUCAUAUACCAUGUAUCGCUUGCCCUCCUGAAGUUAUCUAAGAAGGAACUUCUAGGCCAGGAUUUUGAAGGUGUGUUGAAGUUCUUCAGAGUGACUCUUCCUAAGAAGUACCGCACGGAUGAGAGUGCUGUGGAACUCAUGCAAGUAGCCAUGUCUACAAAGGUCAGUCAAAGGAAAUUAAAGAAGUAUGAGAAGGAAUUCUAUGCCAUGAAGGAGGACGAGGAGAGAGAAGACCCAGUUGAUAGAUUAGAGAGAGAGAACAAGCAAAUGAUGGAAGCCAAUCUUCAUUUAGAAAGAGAGAAUGAUGAACUUGCCCAUGAACUCAUCACACAUAAACUCAUGAUGGAAAAACAAUUAGAUAAGGAGCGUGACCGUGCAGAUGAACUAGAGAAAGAACUCAAAGCUCUUAGGUUAGCGCUUCAUGACUCAGAAGAAGAGAAGCGUCAUCUUGGCUCCGAGACCGCCCAGGUGAAGGAGAUGUACAGAAGAGAAACCGAGAAGGCUGAAUCCGAGUCUAAGAGAAACUCAACCAUCAUUGGAGAAUACAAACAAAUUUGUUCACAACUCAGCGAGAGAUUAGAGAAACAACAGACCGGGGCUAAACAAUCUAUGCUGGAUCUUAGGGAAAAGUUACAGAGCUGCGACAAAUGCAACAAACUAAUCAGCGAAGACGGAAAAUACGAGAGGUCACCAACGGAGCCCAGACCGCCCUCUCUGGUCAAUGACGAACCCGAGUUAGCAGCGGCCCUGAACCAGGUCCGAGAGUUUGAGUUGGAGCUAGCCCAGACCAAGCUCCAGCUGGUGGAGUCUCAGUGUCGGGCUCAGGACCUGGAGCAUCAGUUGAAUAAUGCUAUAACUGAGCUCCAGGUUGUGAGGAAUGCUUCGGCUGGAGGCAAUGCUAACUCCUGGAUUACUAAGACAUUCUCAUCGUUCUCAUCGCUCAAGGAAGCUACAGGGACCGUCAAGAAAUUAGAACAGUAGUAUCACUCCAUUCUUCUUUUCCUAAUUAUUCCUGUUCAUGUAGUUAUAAAUCCUGAGUAAUCAGAUCAGUACAUAUUAAUUUAUAGAUAAAUCUGUACAUAGUUAAACAAUAGAUGCAUAUAUUAUAUAAGUAUCAAAGGAGUUAAAACAUAGAAAUUGAAAAUGUUUAUUCCAGGAAUUGUUUAUCUUUUAUUUCAAAUUUGUUUUCUUAUUCAUUAUGUUUGAAUUAAUUUAGUUAUGGUAUACAAUUAUAUAGUGCCAUUAAUCUAGAUGUAUUCCAGAAUGCACACACAAUUAGGUUUAAUGUUGUUUAUUUCAAUAUCAUUGAGUUUAUUACAUUUUAUACAUGAUUUCUGUAAUUGAUAUUGAUGGUGAUUAUGGUCCACAGCAUUUAUAUUGUACCAUAUUUCUGUGAAGAACAUUCACAGGUGCAGUAAUUCAUUGUCAAUAAGUUGCUGUCCCAUAUAUUGUCGAGAACAUUUUUUUUAGCGACAGUCAAACUAUUAUUUCAUCUCACAGUAAUUUUAAGAGCUAUGAAUUGCAAUAAACUCCUUUUCUUUUGUUAAUUUUGAAUGUGUAUUCAAACAUGUGAAUGGAUGACAAUAUGAUAAUGUACACCUUUUGUCUUGCCUGAUCUAAUAAUCUUGUAACUUAAAGAAAUUGUCAUUUGUUAUAUGGAAUGAUUAGAAUUAAUUCUUCAUGGCAGAUAAGGGGUUGUUUCACAAAAAGUUAAAAAUUACACUCAAAGUGCAAACGUGCAUAUAAUAUUCAAUACACAUUCUCAUUGAUUGAUAUGUGGUAGAGCAUGUGUCAUGAGUGUCAUAUAACCAAUACAGUGAUGUGAUAUACCACAUGCAUCUGAGAAGUUAGGUGUAUUUUUUUUUUGUCACACCUAGUUUCUUUGAGAAUACCCUCAUAUUUUCAUUAUUGUUUUCAAGAUGUCGGUUGCACAGGUUAUUAUUUUGAGUGUUAUCUAUUUAAAUUUUCGUCAAAAUUAUUAAUAUUAUUUUUCAUUUUCAUGUAUUUAAUAUGGUUUAUAUAACCAUACAACAAUGAAAGAUAAGUAUUAAUCACCAUCAUUUCUAUUUAUACUCCUAUGAUGAUCAAGACCAAGUUUGGCACACAAUAGUCAAGUUUCAUAUUAUGUUUAACACAUAAAUUGCACAAAGUUUUUUAUUUAAAUUUUCAUAUAAGUGUAGCUAUUGUUAUGAAAGAAAAUUGAGCUAUUUUCAUAUUUUUUAGUAUGCAUAGAUGAUUUGUAUAUGAUUAGAUUAUCACAUUAAAAUGUAAAGAAAGAUUGUGUACUUUUCCCCGUACCUCAUAUCUUAUUGAGCCAAAGCAUUAAGUCAAAAUUAUUAUAACUAAUAAAAACAUUCAGCAUUUCAAUGUGAUUGUGAAAUAAAGUUAUUUAUUGUAGAAUGCUGUGAAAAUAUUAAAAGAAAUAAUCAUUUCCCAGAUGAAAUCCAUGUAAAUAAUCGUUCGAAAAUAAUUAAGGAAUGUAAUAUGAGUAUAAUGUUACUAGAGUGAUGAUGUGAUGAUAUAUUAAUCUUUAAAAGUAGAUGUAUAUGAUAUUUGAUGAUUUUUUGUGAUAUUCCUUUUCAUAGGAUUGUAAUUACCAAUAUAUAUAUCUCUUCCUUUCUACCUAAAGUACUCCGCAUAUCAGUAUGUACAUGAAACCUAUAACGAUUCUGCCAACGAAAGAUAUAGUCGUAUUUCCAUAUUUUGAUGCAAAAUUGCAUAUACAUACUCUUUUUUUUCUAAUUGAAAGAUGACAAAAUGUAUGAGAACAUGUUUCAUAAUAUUUGUUGAUGCAUUGCAACUUAGAAGAAGCCAACUUCUCAUUUUUGUCUGAAAAUUUGGUCAUGCAUCCACCACAUUUUGAAUAAGAUAGUCUUAGUGUACCAUACCUUGUAUUUUGCAAUGCCAAGAAAUAUUUAAUGCUCCUCUAUUUAUUCCAUAUUCACAUGUAUUAUAUAUGUAGCUUUGUAUAUACCAUUGCUUACUGUUUUAAAUAAACCCAUAUAGCCUGAAUGUGUGCUAGUCCUGUGAAGGUACACAGUUGUAAUGAUGGAAGUAAAAUAACUUUAUAAUACUUAUCUUCAAAUCAGAGAAAUUACAGCAUUAUAAAGUCAUUUGUCCAGUUUCAGAAAUGUUUAUCAAUGAGAAGUAAUGAAAAAAGCUGACAAAAUGCAGACUUCCAUUUAGUUGAGCUAUAGAUAUAGUUUGUGAAACAAGGCCCUCUCGUGUGCACUCAUGAAUAUUCAUGUGUAUUUUACACAAUGUAUGUUUUACAU